CAUCUCUCGCCAUGGCCCGUGCCCCGCCUCGCAUUCUCCCUUUCGCCCAGCCCUGCCCUCCUCCUAUUCAUUCUCUUAUCGUCAACACGACACAACGCAUUACAGCCUACGCCCCAACUGCCUACUACGCAAUACUCGGCUCUGUAUCUACUAACUGGGUAAACGCGCGGUGGACCCGGCCAUGAUGAUGACUACGGCAGGCCGCUCGGUGAUCCAUCCGCCCACUCCAACAACGCUUCCUCCUAUCGAGCCUUACUCAGACAAUAAUUUGGAAGCAACAAUAGUCCAUCACCGAAUUUUCUUCACCUGCUCGAGGCUGGCUGGACUAUGAUUCGAGGUCAGCGCCUCAUUGCGCGUCGCAACGACUUUUUGCAGGGACUUUGUUUCGCGAGCGUGGGUCGGGGCAGCCGCCAUGCUUACAGUAGCGUCCGCUUUACCGUCAUCUACACUAACUCUCUACACUUUUUUUUUGGGUUGUUCUGAUUAGGAACCGAUGGAGCCGGCGGAUACGGAUGCAUCCAUCUAAAGCAUACAAGACCACUCAAGCCGCCAUCCUUCCUGUACCGCCGCUUGACCCAUCACUCUCUGUGCAUUCCUCGACACCGAUGGGCACAGUAGCACAUGGACUGCGGCACAGUGGGUGGUGAUCGAAACCGGCUUGCCUCUUUCUUCAUACGUAUCUGCUCCGUCCGGUCUCAGUUCAAUGCGUGCUUCCAAACCCUCAGAGCGGCUGGGUUAAUGAAGAUCAUCUUUCCUCACUGUUUCCUUCCCACCAUUCACGCCGGCUGCUUCUCUCCUUCUACGGCCUUUCUCGUUUUCCCCCGAGGUGCCUCUCCGCGAGUGGUGCGAUAAUAAUAAAUACACCCUUUGAUCAACAGCCGCCGCCUCUGCUGCUAACAUCAUCAUGCCACGCGUCGUACAAGGUACCGGCAACACACAGUCAGUCGGCCAUGGCAUCUUACCAAACACGACGCCAUGUACCGACGAGUACCAACACUCUCGAUACGGACGCCGUACUCAGUCUGCCCACUCCCUCUCUGUCUUGUCUCUCUGACAUUUGCACUUCUCUCCUCCCUGCGCUGUAUCAUCUAAAAUUGUCCUCUGACUCCCCCACUCUCAUCGCCUGCGAAACACUUCAUCAUGCAACUGCGAGACACCACUGUCCGAUCCGAUCCAGUCUCCCUCGCUCCCGUUUGCUUGGCCUGCGUGCUUGUUCCUGUUCAUGGCUGAAACAAAGCAAAGCCUUGGUCCGUUUCCGGGUUAGCUGUCACCAUCAUUUUGCCGCAUUGCAUACCGCGAGAGCACGUUGUGAUAAAAAUAGUCCAUUCCAACAUUCGAUACGGUUUUAUGGCUGUCCAAGUACGGGAUGGAGCUGAGCCGCCAGGCGCAUCUGUCAGCAGUCUACCGACAGCCUCAGCACAUUGCCAUCGCCAUCGCCUCUAUUCACCAUAACAUGACUCUAUGCCAACCAUCGUCUGGCUCGUUUUCAUAUUGUACAUAUGAACUUGCCAUGGCGGUCUUUGCAUUUGUAUGACGUUUAUCUCUACGCUGCAUAUGUCGCAGCUAGAUUGCAAGACGUGCUAUUGUGCAUACCCUUGCCGCCACCCUUCCUUCGAUUGCAUCCAGAAGCUUUGCUUGUUGUUCUACGCCGCCCCAGACCAGAUCCCUCGGGAAAACCCAACAAGGACACGGAUCCUGCCAUCCCUUACUACAUCAAUCCAUUGUUGUUAUCCCGCGAAAAAUACAACCUGCGGGUGCUGAUAUUUUGUGAACAACAACAACUUGUCCCAUUCCCCGUACCUCGAAAGCUCACACGUCAUGAAAGCGCCUUUUCGCAAUCUAUCCCGUCCCCUGCGAUACCUAUGCGGUACACGCU